GGACGCAGCAGCUGUCGCGAUGUUGAUGCCCAAGAAGAACCGGAUCGCCAUUUACGAGCUCCUCUUCAAGGAGGGGGUGAUGGUGGCCAAGAAGGACGUGCACAUGCCCAAGCACCCCGAGCUGGCGGACAAGAACGUGCCCAAUCUCCACGUCAUGAAGGCCAUGCAGUCUCUCAAGUCCCGGGGCUACGUGAAGGAACAGUUUGCCUGGAGACACUUCUACUGGUACCUCACCAACGAGGGCAUCCAGUACCUCCGCGAUUACCUGCACCUGCCCCCCGAGAUCGUGCCCGCCACCCUGCGCCGCAGCCGGCCUGAGACUGGCCGCCCAAGGCCCAAAGGUCUGGAGGGCGAGCGACCUGCAAGACUCACACGAGGGGAAGCCGACAGAGACACCUACAGACGGAGUGCUGUGCCCCCUGGUGCUGACAAGAAAGCUGAGGCCGGGGCUGGGUCAGCAACUGAAUUCCAGUUUAGAGGCGGAUUUGGUCGUGGACGUGGUCAGCCACCUCAGUAAAGUUGGACGGGUUAUUUUGUGUUGAAUAAACUUGUGGUCAGAAAACAA